CCGCGACGCCGGAAAAACGCGUCCAUGGAGGCGCCGGGGCAGGCGGAGGUCGAGCAUGAGGACGGCGACAGCACCUGUGGGGACCUGUGCUGCAUGGACCAAGGCCUGCGGAGCAUAUCAGAGUUAUCCUUAGAUUCAACCCUCCAUGCCAUCAAUCUGCAUUGUAACAACAUCUCGAAGAUAGAAGCCAUUGACCAUGUCUGGAAUUUACAACAUUUAGAUUUGUCAUCUAAUCAAAUCAGUCAAAUCGAAGGGCUAAGCGCACUGACAAAACUACGCACUUUAAAUUUAUCCAGCAAUUUGAUCACAAAAAUAGAAGGACUUGAAGCACUAAUUAAUCUGACUAGACUGAAUUUAUCCUAUAACCACAUAAAUGAUUUAAGUGGUUUGAUGCCCCUUCAUGGAAUCAAACAUAAGCUUAGAUACAUCGACCUGCACAGCAACUGCAUAGACAGCAUCCACCACCUGCUCCAGUGCAUGGUGGGCUUGCACUUCCUGACGAACCUGGUUUUGGAGAAGAAUGGCGAGGAUAACCCUGUCUGUCGGGUGCCGGGGUACCAAGCAAUUAUGCUGCAGACCCUGCCACAGCUUCGAAUCCUGGACUGCAAGAACAUAUUUGGUGAGCCGGUAGACCUGUCACAGAUAAACUCCUCAAGUCUGCAAUGCUUCGAAGGUCUUUUGGAUAAUUUGGUUUCAUCUGAUUCUCCCCUAAAUAUCAGUGAAGAUGAGAUCGCUGACGGCCUGCCGGUGGUGACGGCCCCCACGGGUGAUGACAUGGCCCCCCUGGACCCGUUUGCAAGUCCUCCAACUGACACGGGGCUGCCGUCUUUUAUGUCCGUGUGCCCGCCUUCUGAGCCAGAGAAGGAUAAUCAUGAUAGCGAUUUUCAGAAUGAGAUGAAACUUCAGAAAUUAGAUGAUCAGUUUUUACAGCUUCUCAAUGAAACUUCUAGCUCUUUAAUAGAUAAUGUUCCUGAGAAAGACCUGAUACUGAAAAGGGACAUGGAUAUAACUUCUGAAAGUGACUAUGGCAACAGAAAAGAAUGCAAUAGAAAAGUUCCUCGAAGAUCGAAAAUCCCAUAUUAUUCCAAAACAAUUCAGACUAUUAAGCACUACAACAAAAACAGCAACACUUCCAUAAGUUACAGUCGUAAAAUGAAGCAGCCUUUCUUUAAAGACUUAUACGUAUGUUCCUCUCUGGCGAACUGUAGCCAACUGGAGGAGGUUGAAGAGCCGGGGACUGAGCUGAUGCAAGUGAACAUCAGUUGCCCAGAGGACACCUACCGGAUACUUGUUGAGCAGCUAGACCAGGAGAGAGAGAAGAGGUGGAAAGCUGAACAAGCUGAAAAGAAGCUCAUGGAUUAUAUCGAUGAGCUGCAUAAACAUGCAAACGAAAAGAAGGACAUCCACAGCCUGGCUCUGCUCACCACAGAUAGGUUAAAGGAGAUUAUUUUUAAAGAGAGAAAUUCCAAAGUGCAACUCGAAGUUAUGGUUCACAAACUUCAAAAUGAAAUUAAAAAACUGACCAUUGAAUUAAUUAAAGCGAGAGACCAGCAAGAGGAUCACAUCCGGCACCUGAGAGCCCUGGAGAGAGCGUUAGAGAAGAUGGAGCGGCAGAAAGGGCAGCAGCAGACGGCACAGAUGCGGCUUAUCGAAGAGGUAGAGCUCAAGGCGGCGGCUGCCGACCGAGAAAUUAACUUACUUCGAACUUCCCUUCAGCAAGAAAAGGAGCAGGUGCAGCAGCUUCACGAGCUCCUUGCACUGAAGGAGCAGGAGCACAGGAAAGAACUUGAAACAAGGGCAUUUUUCAGUGAUGCUGAGUUCCAGGAAGCCAUAGCCAAGGAAGUGGCAAAAGAAGAGGCAAAGCGUGAGCAAGAGAUCAAAGGAUACCAAGAAAAAAUCGACACAUUAAAUCAUCAGUACCUGGAUUUGGAGAAUGAAUUUCGUAUUGCUUUAACUCUCGAAGCCAGAAGAUUUAAAGAUGUUAAAGAUGGUUUUGAAAGUGUUGCAACUGAGUUAGCAAAGAGCAAGAAUGCUCUUGCCUGGGCUCAACGGAAAGAAAACGAGUCUUCCUCUUUAAUUAAAGAUCUGGCCUGCAUGGUGAAGGAGCAAAAGACAAAGCUUGCUGAAGUCUCCAAACUGAAACACGAAACAGCAACAAACUUGCAGAAUCAGAUCAGCACCCUUGAGCUCCUGAUCGAAGACGACAGGCAGAAGAGCAUUCAAAUCGAGCUGCUCAAGCACGAGAAAGUCCAGCUGAUUGCCGAGCUCGCCGCCAAGGAGUCACUCAUUUACGGUCUCAGGACAGAGAGAAAAGUGUGGGGACAGGAGCUGGCACAACAGGGAUCCUGUCUGGCCCAGGACCGCGGGAAACUGGAGGCGCAGAUCGAAAGUUUAUGCAAAGAGAACGAGUCUCUGCGGAAGACGAACGAGCAAGACGGCGACACGCUGCGGAUUAAGUGCAAAAUCAUAGAGGACCAAACCGAGACCAUCAGGAAAUUAAAAGCUUGUUUACAGGAAAGAGAGGAACAAAUCAAAAUAUUACAAGAAAACAUCUGUGAAAUACAGAAAUGUACUCAAGAACAACUUGAUGAAAAAUCUUCACAACUGGAUGACAUAAUUGAGAAACUAGAAAGACACAAUGAAAGAAAAGCAAAACUAAAACAGCAGUUGCAAGUAAAGGAAUUAGAACUUGAAGAAAUUAGAAAAGCUUACAGUAUCCUUAAUCAGAAGUGGCAUGAUAAAGGGGAGCUCCUCAGUAAUCUGGAAAUGCAAGUAAAGGAAGUGAAGGAGAAAUUUGAGAACAAGGAAAGGAAGCUGAAAGCGGAAAGAGACAAAAGUGUUGAACUACGAAAGGAUGCUGUGGAAAAGCUUUAUUGUAUGGAUGAUGCCUUUAAAAAACAAGUGGAGGCAAUUGUUGAAGCUCAUCAUGCUGAAAUAAUGCAUCUGGAAAAUGAAAAGCAAAAAUAUAUUGAUUCUGCAAAUUUAAAGGUUCAUCAAGUUGAAGAAGAAAUGCGUGGACUUCUGCAAGAAAACUGCAAGAACAAAAAAGCACUGGAAGCAAAAAUUAAGCAUCUUGCUUUUGCUGUAAACGAAAUUCAUCAGGUCUUGUGAUGGUUCUGAGAACAAAUUCAAUUGAAAUGGACCAGCAGACCAAUUGUAAAAAUGAUUAAAUAUUGUAACAGUAGUAACUGCUAUGACUUUGAAAUGUCUCUUUCUACCCAUUUCAUUCUGAUUUUUAAAAGACUUUUGAAAAAGUAUUUAAUUGUAUAUGUAGCUUUUUAUAAUAAAUUGUUGAUAAUUAUGUGUAUUAGAAAAACCUAUCCAAAUAACUAGACUUAAGACACUUCUUGUUUCUGUACUAUACAUUCUUUGGUAAUUACACUUUGCCUAAAUAUGUAAAUGGAAAUUAAGGUUAGCCUUUGAUAUAUUAGGGAAAUUAUUUUAAUAGUUGCCAUUGCCUUAUUGUAUUGAUGAAGAAUUAAUUCUAUUUCUUGGUUGUCCUUUAGUUUAUGUAGCUCCAUUCUUUCAAAAUGCUCAUAUGAAGAGCCAAAAAGUAUCUGAGAUCUGUAUGGUCAGAGAUGUGGCACUCGUAAGAAAGCAUGUCACCAUUUCCUCACCCUUCAUAAUGACCCCUUUUUUAUAAUGCAUAUGACUUUCAUUAAAGAUUACAUUUAAGGUUUAUAAACAUUGUCUGUUCCAGAGGAACACUACUGUUCCACCCUUAUUUUUUCAUUUCCCCCUUUAGUCACUGUAUAUAUGAAGAGAAUUCUUAUUUUGCAGCUGGAAACUGUUUUCUUCCAUUCAUCCAGUCAUUUAUUACUGUAUCACUUUUGUCAUCUUUUAUGUUCCUGUGUAUAUAAAACAAGAACCUAAGUACUAUCCUCCUCACUGUUUUUGAAAGAGAAUAUAAUACUAUGCUUUUAAGUAAUAGCCAGUGACGUUUUAAAAGUUAAAUGGAAAAAUAUAAAUGCUUCUAAAAGAGGGUCCAUGCUUCACUUUAGGAAGCUUCACACUGACACCUGUGGGACAGCAUUGAACAUACUAAGGUGUAUGGGAGUUGGGGAGGAGAGAGCAUAGAAAUAAUUUGGGAGAAUAAUAGCUAAAAACUCCCUAAGUUUGAUGAAAAAAGAUCAACUUACAGAUCCAAGAACUUCCAUAAAACCUAGGAUAAACAUGAAGAGAAACACUUAGACACUUUAUAGUCAAACUGUUGGGAAAAUCUUGAAAACAAGAAAAUAUGGUUUAUCUCAGAUGAACAGUAUGACUAACAGUUGACUUCUCAUGAGAAACAGUGGAGACCGGAAGGCAGUGAAUGACAUAUUCGAAGUAUGGGAAGACAGAAAUCGUCAAUCAAGAAUGCUGUCUCCAAAACUAUCCUUCAAAAUAAAGACAGAAAAUGUAUUGCUAGCCAAACUAAUGGAAAAGAAAUGUUAAAGGAUGAAAGGAAAUGAUAUCAGACAGUAACUCAUAUCCACUGCAAGAAAUAAAGAAUAUUGGAAACAUGAAGAACUCUACAGACCUGUUUCCCAGCAAAAUAAUACUAACUGGCAAAGAGUUUUUUAAAAUACCAUUUAGUCUCUGAAAACUGUCCUGAGAGCAUACAGCAGUGAAGACAUUUAUUGAAGAACAUUUACUGAACCUGUCAACAGCAGAAGCCUGAGGCACCGAGACAUAGCUAUCUCCUAAUACCUCCCACCCAGCCUGAUGGGAGUUUCGUAGUGGAUGGCUGUGGCCAAGAAGAUAGGUGCCCCUCCGACCCACUCCAUCAGUCACCAGGGAGGGCAAGCUGACAGCCUUAACCAUGAGUCCAAUGAGCCAGAAAGACUCAAGCUACUACAAUCAGGAAUGGAAGCAAGGACAUACUGGGGUGGGAGGAAACCUUGGGAGUUGAUUACUAUGUUUAUGGUCGUGGCAGUGAUAAGUUUAUGGUCUAGACUUAACCCCACUCAUUGGGUUGAAUAAAUGUUUUACAUGUCAACAGA